AUGUUGCCAGCCGGUCAAAAAAGACAAAAUGAGACUUUGGACCAAGAUGCCAUUGAUUCAGAUGAUUCAGAGCAGAAGCCAGUAAAGCGUAAUGGUAGAAGAAAGAUCAAGAUUGAAUACAUUGAAGACAAGAACCGCAGACACAUUACAUUUUCCAAACGUAAAGCUGGUAUCAUGAAGAAGGCAUACGAAUUAUCUACUCUCACUGGCACUCAAGUCUUAUUGUUGGUGGUUUCUGAAACUGGUCUUGUCUAUACAUUUACCACAACAAAGUUGCAACCUAUUGUCACGAAGCCUGAAGGUAAAAAUCUCAUUCAAGCUUGUUUGAACACGCCUGACCCUUCAAUGCCUGAGAUGAAUGCGGAAAAUAAAUUGGAAGACGGUAACUAUAUGUCUCAAAAUGCAAAUGAUAUUGGCAAUGUUAGUAAUACAUCUCCGACUCCUAUUGUUAAUCGUAUUCCAGAAGAUACCUCCCAACAUCAAUCAUCACCUCAAACAACGUCAUCUCAGAGCCCUAUGAUGCAGUCUGCUGCACCUAACGUCAUGAGACAGAACAUGGUUGUGCCUCCCAUGGCUGCUACUGCUACUGCUGUUGCGUUAGGCAAUGUGAACAAUCCUCAACAGCAACAAAGUGGUGGGCCUGGAAAUUAUUCCCAAUCCAAUCAACCUCCCCAUCAUCAACAUCAUCAGCCUCCUCCUCCUCCUCAAAUGGGUAGCAUGGCUCAAUAUAACCAACAGAGAUAUCCCACUCAUCCUGGUUACAAUGGUAGCAAUUUACCUCAACCAAACCAACCUUACCCUCCACCUCAACAUAACCAACAAGCACAAUCACAAUAUGGAGGUCCUCAACCACUCUAUUACCAACAGCCACCUCAGCAUCCUCCUCAACACCCAUCUCAGCAACAACAAAAUUCUUCCAACGGUCCUCCUCCACUUGGAUAUUGGUCUUUUAACGAUCAACAACAGCAAGGUAAUGCUGGCAACUCCUCUGCUGCCAAUCCUCCUCCUCAGCAACAACAACAACAACAACAGCAACAGGUCGCACAAGGCGCUGUCAAGGCAGAACGUCCAUAA